AUGGCCCAGUCCACGGCGCACCGGCGCCUGCUCCAGGAAUACCGCGCCCUCACCAACAACCCGCCCGAGGGCAUCACCGCCGGCCCCGUCUCCGAGGACGACCUGCUGCACUGGGAGUGCCUCAUCCAGGGCCCCGAGGGCACGCCCUUUGAGGGCGGCGUCUUCCCCGCCGAGCUGCGCUUCCCCAAGGACUACCCGCUCGCGCCGCCCUCGAUGAAGUUUCUCGCCGACGUCUGGCACCCCAACGUCUACCCCAGCGGCCUCGUCUGCAUCUCCAUUCUACACCCGCCUGGCGACGAUCCCAACCACUACGAACACGCCUCGGAGCGCUGGUCGCCCAUUCAGUCCGUCGAGAAGAUCCUCAUCUCCGUCAUGAGCAUGCUGGCCGAGCCCAACGACGAGAGCCCGGCCAACGUCGAGGCCGCCAAGAUGUGGCGGGAGCGGAGGUCCGAGUACGAGAACCGGGUCCGCGACGGAGUCAAGCGCAUGCUAGGCUUGUGA